AAGUAGCCGGAGGGCGACCGUCGAGUUGACCCGACCCGGCAGAGGCAGACGGCACGCCAGUCACCAAACAUCCGCGGCGAGAUGGAGAACCCGCCGCCGCGCCGGUGGCCGCCGGGCUUCCGCUUCAGCCCCACAGACGAGGAGCUCGUCCUCUAUUUCCUCAAGCGCCGGAUCGCCUCCGGCCGCCCCACCCCCUACGUCGCCGACGUCGACGUCUACAAGUCCCACCCUUCCCACCUCCCCGAGAGGUCGGCGCUGCAGACGGGGGACCGGCAGUGGUUCUUCUUCAGCCGGCUGGACCGCAAGUACCCCAACGGCUCGCGCGCCAGCCGCACCACCGGCGACGGCUACUGGAAGGCCACGGGGAAGGACCGCUUCGUCUGCGCCGGCGGCGGCUGUCGGGCGGUGGGAAACAAGAAGACGCUCGUGUACCACCACGGCCGCGCGCCGCGGGGGGAGCGCACGGACUGGGUCAUGCACGAGUACACCAUCCUCGCCGACGCGCUCCCGCCGGCCGCGCUGGGGCGCGAGGCCUUCGCGCUGUACAAGCUGUUCCAGAAGAGCGGGGCGGGCCCGAAGAACGGCGAGCAGUACGGCGCGCCCUUCCGGGAGGAGGAUUGGUUGAGUGACGAUGAGGAUGAGGGAGUGCCUGCUGCGGAUGCUGCCGCUCGUCCUGUUCCUAGAACCACAAAUUGUCCUGCUGCUACAGUCGAGGAGCAUACUACCCGUGAGCUUCCGAUUGGGGAUCUUGAUGAGCUCCUGACGCAAAUUGAAAACGAUCAGGAGCAAGUUGAAGCAGAGUUAGAUUUCUCGACACCUGCUUCUUCCCAAGUUCAGCUUCAGCAUGGUCAUGAUCAGGGAUGGCUCAGUGAUCGUGGCGACGAGGCUGAUCUUGUGGGUGCUUCCAGUAGUGCUGGUGCUGUGGUAGCGGCAGAGAAUACUUGCACUGAUCUCCCUCUUGGGGAUAUCGAGGAGCUUCUGAUGCAAAUGUCCGAUGAUCAGCAGAACGCCGCAUUGUUCUCGGGUUUCUCAACAUCAGUUCCAGAAUUACAGCUUCAGUGUGACGAUCAUCAGGUUUGGCUUGAUGCCGACAGGGGGCCGGAAGUUUGUGCUGCAGAGCCUACCGCUAGCAGUGAUGCUGUGGUGAUAGCAGAAUGUACUGGCACAGAGCUUCCACUUGGGGAUCUUGAAGGCCUUAUGCUGCAAAUAGCCAAUGACCAGGAAAUGGUCGGACCUCUGUCAGAUCUCUCCACACCAUUUGGUCAUCAUAACUUCAAUCAGGUCGGCAUUGGAGAUUUUCAUGAAUCUCGUGGUGCUCCAGUUGGUAAUCUUUCUUGUAUAGUUCAAGAAUGCACAGGAUUUGAUCCACAAACUGAGCCAAGUAGUCAAAUUCCAGAGUCUAAUAUUACCAAUGUGCCAUUUAGUGGAGAAACUAAUUCUGCUGAAGAAACAAGUGGGCCACGUUCCGUGCCAGGUUUGAUUAGUUACAACAGCCAUGAUGCUGACGAGGAGUUCCUUGAAAUCAAUGAUUUCUUUGAUCUGGACGAUGUCGAACAGAGUACGAAUUUUACAACAACUGAGCACUUGAUAUCUGCAACGAAUGGGAUGUUUGACAAUUUGGAGUACUCCGAUGCCCCUAUGUUCCUACCUGGGCCAUUCGACGCAGUUGGCGUGGUAGCUGAAAAUCAAUUUGUUGAUUUUGGCAACAGUGGAAUUCAGAACCAGGGAUAUCAAUAUACAACCGAAAUAAGGACACAUUAUCAGGUCGCUCUUAACGUGCAGAGACAUAUGCAACAUGAUCAUGUUGUCUUAUCCUCACAUGCAUCAGACACUCCGAAUCUUCAUAUAGUUAAUGAGCCACCUAACAGGGGCUCAAGUGCUUCAAAAUCAUGGUUCAAUGCGGCAUUGUCAGCCUUGUUGGACUCUGUACCUAGCAGUCCAGCAAUGGCUGCUGAAAUUGAAAACACUGUUAUUAACAGAACACUCCAGCGCAUCUCUAGCUUCAGGUCACAGCAAGCUGCAGGUGAAGAAAACACUGUCAUUAACAGAACACUACAGAGCAUCUCUAGCUACAGGUCACAACAGGCUGCAAGUGAAGAACCAAGCACCCCUGUUAUUCAGGUUACAAGAGGUGGCAGACUAAUCGUCGGCUCUCUACUGGUUUUACUUGCUGCUGUCAUGUGCACCUUUACCGCUGGGUCUGUGGUCAAUUUAUUCAAGGGGUUAUGGAAAUCCUCUUCUGCAUGACAGGAUCGACAACAACUUUUUUCCUGUUAUGCUGGUGAUCUAGUCCUUUCUAAUUCUUUUUGGUUCUCAGUAUGAGUUGUUUCACUGUCCCUUCCCUUUCAAAAGGGCAAAGAGCUAGGAGCAUUUUAAGGGCGGUACAGUGAUUACAAGUGUUAGCAUUGAGCUUAUGCAAUAGAAAAAAAUAAAGGAAACAAAUGUGAGGUAUCUGAUGGUAAUAUUAUACCUACGAAGUUAUUGUCCUCAUGUACGCUUUGAGGCAAAUGUAUGCUGAAUGUAAUUAAACAAUGAAAGAACUGCAGUUUUUGUACAUAUCAUCGGUAAAGUUGAAGAUCC